GCGUCACGCUGUCCCCGCCCCGAGCCGCCGAGCCGGGAGGCGGGAGGCGGCGGCCGCGCGGCUGCUGCUGCUGCAGUGGGGCAGGUGGCGGCGACGGGCGGCGACCCCGGCCACGGUUCCCGGCUCCUGGCUGCUGGCUGUCCUGCAGGAACCCUCAGAUUCAGCCCAGAGACCGAGCGCACCCCAGAAGCCCCCGCAGUGGGCUCGAUGGUCGGGGAGAGGUAGUGGCCGCAGCUGCGUCUGACCGCCCUGACCAUGAGUCUGCUGAGGCCCAGCGGGCUCAAGGCCCCGACCAAGAUCCUCAAGCACGGGAGCUCGGCCCUGAAGGCGCCCAUGGCCGCGGCUGCUCCCGUGGAGAAGCCCGUGCCGGGGGAGAAGGCCCCCAGCGCCCCCUCCUCGGAGACGCAGGAGGAGUUCGUGGACGACUUCCGAGUCGGGGAGCGAGUCUGGGUGAACGGUAACAAGCCUGGGUUCAUCCAGUUCCUCGGCGAGACCCAGUUCGCCCCCGGCCAGUGGGCCGGGAUCGUCCUGGACGAGCCCAUCGGCAAGAACGACGGCUCGGUGGCCGGCGUGCGCUACUUCCAGUGCGAGCCGCUGAAGGGCAUCUUCACGCGGCCGUCCAAGCUGAGCAGGAUGCCGCAGGCCGACGAUGAGGCCAACGGCCUGCAGCCCGCCCCCGCCGCCCGCGCCACGCCUCCCCUGGCCGCCUCCCCCGCCCCGGCCACCGUCCACAAGGCGCCGCAGCCCCCCGCGAAGGACGCCCCUCACGCCAGCAACCUGACCAAGACGGCCAGCGAGUCCAUCUCCAACCUCUCGGAGGCCGGCUCCCUCAAGAAAGGGGAGCGGGAGCUGAAGCUCGGGGACCGCGUGCUGGUGGGCGGCACGAAGGCCGGCGUGGUGCGCUUCCUCGGGGAGACGGACUUCGCCAAGGGGGAGUGGUGCGGCGUGGAGCUGGACGAGCCGCUGGGCAAGAAUGACGGCGCCGUGGCAGGAACGAGGUACUUUCAGUGCCAGCCCAAGUAUGGCCUGUUUGCUCCUGUCCACAAAGUCACCAAGAUCGGCUUCCCCUCCACGACGCCGGCCAAGGCCAAGGCGGCCGCCGUGAGGCGCGUGAUGGCCACCACCCCCGCCAGCCUGAAGCGCAGCCCGUCAGCCUCCUCGCUCAGCUCCGUCAGCUCCGUGGCCUCGUCCGUGAGCAGCCGGCCCAGCCGCACGGGAUUACUGACGGAAACCUCCUCCCGCUACGCCCGCAAGAUCUCCGGCACCACCGCCCUCCAGGAGGCGCUGAAGGAGAAGCAGCAGCACAUAGAGCAGCUGCUGGCCGAGCGGGACCUGGAGCGGGCGGAGGUGGCCAAGGCCACGAGCCACGUGGGGGAGAUAGAGCAGGAGCUGGCCCUGGCCCGGGACGGGCACGACCAGCAUGUGCUGGAGCUGGAGGCCAAGAUGGACCAGCUGCGGACGAUGGUGGAGGCGGCCGACAGGGAGAAGGUGGAGCUGCUGAACCAGCUGGAGGAGGAGAAGAGGAAGGUGGAGGACCUCCAGUUCCGAGUCGAGGAGGAGUCCAUCACCAAAGGCGACCUGGAGGUGGCCACCGUGUCGGAGAAGUCCCGGAUCAUGGAGCUGGAGCGGGAGCUGUCCCUGCGGGCGCAGGAGGCGGCCGAGCUGCGGCGGAGGCUGGAGGCCAGCAGGCCUCCCGGCGAGGCGGACGCGUCGCUGUCCCUGCUGCAGGAGAUCAGCGCCCUGCAGGAGAAGCUGGGCGCCGCCCACAGCGAGCGCCAGAAGGAGGUCGCCAGCCUCAAAGAGCACUUCGGGGCCCGGGACGACGCCCACCAGAAGGAGGUGAAGGCCCUGCAGGCGGCCGCCGAGAAGCUGUCCAAGGAGAACGAGUCGCUGAGGUCCAAGCUGGACCACGCCAACAAGGAGAACGCGGACGUGAUCGCCCUGUGGAAGUCCAAGCUGGAGACGGCCAUCGCCUCGCACCAGCAGGCCAUGGGCGAGCUGAAGGCGUCCGUGAGCCGGGGCAUGGGCGCCGAGGCGGCCGAGCUGGCCGAGCUGAAGGCGCAGAUCGAGAGGGUGCGGCUGGAGUCCCAGCGGGAGGCGGAGAGCCUGCAGGCGCAGCGGGCGGCCGAGCGCUCGGCGCACGCCUCCGAGCUGGAGGCACUCAGGUCGAGGCUGGCCAAGGCCGUGCAGGAGAAGGAGAGCGGCCUGGAGGCCGCGCGGGCCCGGCUGGACCAGGCGGAGGACCAGCACCUGGUGGAGAUGGAGGACGCCCUGGGCAAGCUGCAGGAGGCGGAGACCAAGGUAAAGGACCUGGAGGGGUUGCGGGCCACGUGUAGUCAGCAGGCCCAGGCCCUCGCCGACUCCGCGGCGCAGCUGGAGGCCGCCCGGGAGAAGCUCGCGCAGCUCGAGGGGCUCCGGAAGGCCAGUUCCGAAGGUAAAUUGGAAAUGGAGGCGCUCAGGCAGCAGCUCCAGGCGGCCGAGCGGCAGAUUCAGGAGUUAGAGAGCGAAAAGCGGGCCGAGAGCGGCAAGGCCGAGAGCCUGGCCGAGGAGCUGCGGGGGAAGGGGCUAGCGCUUAGUGGCCUCCAGGAGACCUUGCGUGAAGCCGGCCGAGUGAAGGAGGCUCUGGAGAAGGAGCUGCGGGGCCUGAAAGAAAAGUUCGCUGAGGCUUCAGAGGAGGCGGCCUCUGUUCAGAGAAGCAUGCAAGAAACUGUCGAUAAGUUACGCCAAAAAGAGGAGCAGUUUAACGCGCUGUCUUCUGAGCUGGAGAAGUUGCGAGAAAAUUUAGCAGAUAUGGAGGCCAAAUUCAAAGAGAGAGAUGUUCGAGAAGAGCAGCUGAUGAAGGCGAAGGCCAAGUUGGAAGACGACAUCGCGGAAAUCAUGAAAAUGUCCGGGGACAACUCGUCGCAGCUGACACGAAUGAACGACGAGCUACGCCUGAAGGAAAGAUGCGUGGAAGAGUUACAGCUGCAGCUCGUCAAGGCCAACGAGCACGCGAGUCUGCUGCAGAAGAGCAUCGGGGAGGCCACGCUCAGGGCAGAGCAGAGCCAGCAGGAGGCGGCCCAGAGACACGAGGAGGAGAAGAAGGAGCUGCACAAGAGGCUGUCGGACCUGGAGGAGAAGGUGGGCACGAGCCGCAGCCAGUGCCAGGCUCUGCAGGCCGAGUACGACAAGGCGAGCGCCGAGAGCAAGGCGCAGCACGAGGAGGCGCUGCAGGCCCUGCAGAAGCUGCUGCUGCAGGCGGAGGAGAGGCUGCAGGCGGCGCAGGCAGAGAACGGGGACCUCCUGCGGGAGGUGGCCGAGCUGAAGACGCAGGCCGACAAGGCCAAGUCACUAACUUAUUUGUUAACAUCAGCCCAAAAGGAAAUGGAGCUGAUGUCGGAGGAGCUCAGGGCCCUGAGGUCCAAGCAGCAGCUGUUCGCGCGCGAGAAGCUUUCUCUGAAGUCAGAGCGGGGGUCGCUCCUGUCGAAGCUGGUCGAGGCGGAGACCAAGAACUCCCAGCUGCAGGAAGACCAGAAGAAGCUCUGGCUGAUGAACCAGGCGAUCCGCUUAGACAAGGAGAAGGUCCUCGAGGCCAGGCGGGCCGCGGAGAAGCUCUGCCAGCAGGAGCGGCUCGGCCGGGAGGCUCUGGAGGCGGAGAAGGAGAAGCUGCUGGCGGAGGGCAGCGCGGCGCAGGGGGAGCUCCAGAGGGUCAGCGAGGAGAACGACGCCCUGCAGGUGGCCAAGGUGGGCCUGCAGGCGCUGGUCGAAGAGCUCCAGCUGAGCAAGGGCAGCCUGGUGGCCGAGUGCCAGAAGAGCCGGGAAGAGAGGGACCACCUGGAGGAGCACGUCAAGCAGCUGGUUCUGGAGAACCUGUCCCUGACCAAGGACAAGGACAACAUCAUCCAGAAGCUGCAGUGCUCCUACGAGGAGCUGGCUCGGGACCAGAAGACCCUGGUGCAGGAGAUCGAGGAGCUCACGGCCGAGAAGAAGUCGGCCCUGGAGAAGCAGUCGGGCCUCGACAGCCUGUGCAUGGCCUUGAAGCUGGAGCGCGAUGGCCUGGCCCAGAGCAACAAGGACCUGCAGCUGGAGACGGACCUGCUGCGGCAGGAGCAGGAGAAGCUGAGCGCCAGCCUGGAGGCGGCCCUGCAGGUCAAGCAGCUGCUGGGCGCCGAGGCCGGCUGCCUCCGCGCGCAGCUGGACGAGGCCACGAAGGCCGUGCGCAAGGCCGAGCUGGAGGCGCUGCAGACGCAGGCGGCCAACGCCAGCCUGGCGCAGCUGCUGGAGCAGCUCAAGGCCAGCCGGGAGCUCUCGGACUCGGAGUGCGUCCAGCUCCUGCACGAGAAGGAGACCCUGAGCCUGGCCGAGCGGAGGCUGGCGGCCGAGAAGGAGCAGCUCCUGGGCGAGAACGGCCUCUUGGCCGAGAAGCUGAGCCGGUGCUCCGAGGAGGCGGCGCGCGUGGAGGCGGCCCUCCGCGAGCAGCUGGGCAGCCUGGGCUCGGAGAAGGAGCUGCUGGACCAGAAGGCCGCCAGGCUCCGGCAGCAGCUGGACGGGCUGCUGAAGGACAAGGCGCUGCUGGAGGCGCAGCGCGCCGAGCUGCUGGCCGAGCGGGAGGAGUCCCGGCGGGCCCUGGGCGACCUCAGGCAGCGGCACGAGGAGGAGGCGGCCAGCCGCAGGGCGGCCGUCCACGAGAAGAUGGCGCUGCUCGGGGAGCUGGACGUGCUGCAGCGGGAGCUCCAGGAGCAGCGCCAGGAGAACCAGGGGCUGGCGGCCGGCCAGGGCGAGCUCGCCGCGGCGCUGCAGGAGGCCCGGGACGCGGCCCGGAGCCUGGAGGAGAUGCAUGCGGGCGCGCUGCAGGAGAAGGAGGCGCUGGGCGCCGAGCUGCAGGCGGCCUGCGCCGAGCGGAGCUCCCUGGCGCGGGACAGCCGGGGCCUGCAGGAGGAGUGCCGGCGGCUGGCCGAGGAUGGCCGCGCGGCGCAGCAGGCCCUGGCGCUGGAGCGGGAGGCCCGCGCCCAGGAGGGCGAGGCAGCCGCCCGCGAGGCCAGCCAGCUGCAGGGCCGCGUGGGGCUCCUGGAGCAGGAGGCCGAGGAGCUGCGGGCGCGCGCGCAGGGCUUGCAGGCCGAGCGCCUGGACCUGCUGCAGGAGAAGGCCCGGUCGGAGCAGCAGGUGGCCGAGAUCCUGCGGGAGAAGGAGCUGCUGAGCGCCGACGCCGCCCGGCUGGCCGCCAACAUCGAGGCUCUGAAGGGCGACUUCGCGGCCCUGUCCAAGUCCAAGCUGGAGCUCCAGGGCCUGCACAGCUGCCUCGCCGAGAUCCUGGCCGACCUACGGCGGAAGCACGAGGCGGCCCUGGCCGAGUGUGCCCAGGCCGGGCAGGAGAACCAGAGCCUGCUGGCCGAGAAGCGGGAGCUGCGGCAGGAGCGGGACGAGCUCCUGCAGGAGAAGGAGCGGCUGGCCGGCGGCUACUUCCUCCUGCAGAAGGAGGUCAGCCAGCUGGCCAAGACCAACAGCCACGUCUCGGCCAACCUCCUGGAGGCGCAGAAGGAGAACCGCGUGCUGAGGAAGGACAAGAGCAAGCUCGCCUUUAGGAUCAGGGAGCUCGAGACGCUGCAGUCGUUCACGGCCGCGCAGACGGCGGAGGACGCCAUGCAGAUCAUGGAGCAGAUGACCAAAGAGAAGACGGAGACCCUGGCCUCCCUGGAGGACACCAGGCACACCAACGAAAAGCUCCAGAACGAGUUGGAUACGCUGAAAGAAAACAACUUGAAGAAUGUAGAAGAGCUGAACAAAUCGAAAGAACUUCUGACUGUAGAGAAUCAAAAGAUGGAAGAAUUCAAGAAAGAAAUAGAGACCCUGAAGCAGGCGGCCGCCCAGAACUCGCAGCAGCUCUCAGCCCUGCAGGAGGAGAACGUGAAACUUGCCGAGGAGCUGGGCCGCAGCAGGGACCAGGUCAUGAGCCACCAGAAGCUGGAAGAAGAGAGAUCUGUGCUCAAUAAUCAGUUGUUAGAAAUGAAAAAGAGAGAAUCCGAGUUAAUAAGAGACUCCGAUGAAGAGAAAGCUUCCCUGCAGAAAUCCAUCAGUAUUACCAGUGCCUUGCUCACGGAGAAGGACGCAGAGCUGGAGAAGCUAAGGAAUGAGGUCUCCGUGCUCAGGGGAGAAAACGCCUCUGCCAAGUCCUUGCAUUCAGUUGUUCAGUCUCUGGAGUCUGACAAGGUGAAGCUCGAGCUCAAGGUCAAAAACUUGGAGCUUCAGCUCAAAGAGAACAAAAGGCAGCUCCAGAGCUCAGCAGGUAAUUCUGAUUCCCAAGCAGACGAGGAUGAAAGGGCCCAGGAAAAUCAGAUUGAUUUCCUGAACUCCGUGAUUGUGGACCUCCAAAGGAAGAAUCAAGACCUCAAGAUGAAGGUGGAGAUGAUGUCGGAGGCGGCUCUCAACGGGGACGGGGAAGACCUCAACAAUUAUGACAGUGACGACCAGGAGAAGCAGGCCAAGAAGAAGCCUCGGCUCUUCUGUGACAUCUGUGACUGCUUCGACCUCCACGACACAGAAGACUGCCCCACGCAGACACAGGUGUCCGAGGACCCCCCGCACUCCACACACCACGGCAGCCGGGGUGAGGAGCGGCCGUACUGCGACAUCUGCGAGGUGUUUGGACACUGGCCCAGCAACUGCAACGACGACGAGACCUUCUGAGCCCCCCGCCCCCCCCCCCCCGGCCGCUCCCCCACGGAGCACAGCCACCAGCAUCAGUGCAGGCUGCAGGGAAACCUACCUUAUUUUUGAACCCCAUCGACAAAUCUAAGAAAUAUUUUGGUCUUCAACAAAUCGUCCUUCUAGUUUCCCUCACAGGUCAGAGUAACAAAUACCAAGUAGGUGAACUGACGCCUCGAAUCUCAUCUUCCCGGUUUUUAUCAGUUUUCAUAAGACAUUCGCACCCAGAGGCUGUUACGCUGAUUUGUCCCUAAGGGAACCUCAUGGAACAACCCUUACCCCUCGAUACCUUAUUUAAAUAACUUUAAAUUAUGCCGUUCCUUUUCAUAUUUGCACUAAAAAUGUUUCCAGGCUGCAUUUGUAUAUUUAGAUGUUUGGGUUACGCUUUGACACUGGAAUGAGUUGGGGAACAAAUGUGCCAUUUUGCAUUUUUGUCUACUCAUUUAAAGUAUUUUAUUCUUAAUCAAAGAAAUAUCUGAGCUCUUGGCACUACCGUGUCAGUAGUGCCUUUAUUUCAGGCUUGAUACACUUCGGUGUGACUCUGGUUGAAAUCAUGAAGCCGGACAGUGGGGGGGGGCAGGGGGCCCCGCUGCUCUGGAACAUUUUCUAAUCUCGCCGUUGCACCCACUGAACCGUACUGUGGGUGCUGGCUGACUGGGUUUUUGCAUAGUUUUAACUAUAUAGUAUAUAUAUAUUUUUAAUCUAUAUUUUGAAAAAAAACCCACGAUGUGUCUUUCUUUUGACAUUUUUACCUUGAUGAAAAAGGAAACACUUCAAAUAU